AUGAAGGGCCCUCAGAGGGCUCCCUCACAGCUGGGCAGGGGAGGUCCAGAAAAGCCAGGCCUCCUGCUGCGGGACAUCAGCCCGGAGCCAUCUGUGCACACGGGUGUCCUGCUGACGACCCAAAUGACGGCAACUGCUCAGACACCCUCUAAGGCCCAGGCUGUCCAUAUCUCCGCACCCACUGCUGCUGCCAGCACUCCUGUGCCCAGUGCCCCCAUUGACCCCCAGGCCCAGCUGGAGGCUGACAAGCGAGCUGUGUACAGGCACCCUCUUUUCCCGCUUCUGACGCUGCUGUUUGAGAAAUGUGAACAGGCCACCCAGGGCUCGGAGUGCAUCACCUCCGCCAGCUUUGACGUGGACAUCGAGAACUUUGUCCACCAGCAGGAGCAGGAGCACAAACCCUUCUUCAGCGAUGACCCAGAACUGGACAAUCUGAUGGUGAAGGCAAUCCAGGUCCUGAGAAUCCACCUGCUGGAGUUGGAGAAAGUCAAUGAACUCUGCAAGGACUUUUGUAACCGUUACAUCACCUGCCUCAAAACCAAGAUGCACAGCGACAACCUGCUCAGGAAUGAUCUCGGGGGGCCCUACUCCCCCAACCAGCCCUCCAUAAAUCUUCACUCACAGGACCUCCUGCAGAAUUCUCCCAAUUCCAUGUCCGGAGUCUCCAAUAACCCCCAGGGGAUUGUGGUCCCAGCCUCAGCGCUCCAGCAGAGCAGCAUCGCCAUGACAACUGUCAACUCACAAGUGGUGUCAGGUGGAGCCUUAUACCAGCCAGUUACCAUGGUAACCUCCCAGGGUCAGGUGGUCACCCAAGCAAUCCCCCAGGGAGCCAUCCAGAUCCAGAACACACAGGUUAACCUUGACCUUACUUCCCUCCUGGACAAUGAGGAUAAGAAGAAGAAGUCCAAGAACAAGCGAGGAGUCUUGCCCAAGCACGCCACCAAUAUCAUGCGUUCUUGGCUCUUCCUGAGUGUGUGUCAUCCCUACCCCACGGAGGAUGAGAAGAGGCAGAUCGCGGCCCAGACAAACCUCACCCUCUUGCAAGUCAAUAACUGGUUCAUCAAUGCCCGGAGGCGCAUCCUGCAGCCCAUGCUUGAUGCCAGCAACCCAGACCCUGCCCCUAAAGCCAAGAAGAUCAAGUCCCAGCACCGGCCCACCCAAAGAUUCUGGCCCAACUCCAUCGCCGCGGGGGUGCUGCAGCAGCAGGGCGGCGCCCCGGGGACAAACCCCGACGGCUCCAUCAGCUUGGACAACCUGCAGUCCCUGUCCUCAGACAAUGCCACCAUGGCCAUGCAGCAGGCCAUGAUGGCCGCACACGACGACUCAUUGGAUGGGACGGAAGAAGAGGAGGAGGAUGAGAUGGAAGAGGAGGAGGAAGAGGAACUGGAGGAGGAGGCUGACGAGCUUCAAACGACGAAUGUCAGUGACCUGGGCUUGGAACACAGUGACUCCCUGGAGUAGUUGGCAGCCCAGAUGGCACUGAUCACCCAGCAGGAGAGGAGUGUCG